GCUCAAUCCCUGAGGAAUGUCAGCCCAAUAUUUGCUCAGUCCUCAACUGAUGGUUCCACCGAACAUUACUCAGUUUAGCCCCAUGUUCUACCUCACUGGCUUUCCUGGAUUGGAAGCCAUUGAACACUGGAUUUUCAUCCCCUUUUUCUUUAUGUACAUAGUGGCCAUCUCAGGAAAUUGUUUAAUUCUGAUAAUCAUUAAGACCAGCCCCCACCUGCACACACCCAUGUACUGUCUACUGUCCUUGCUGGCCCUCGUUGACCUGGGACUGUCAUUGUCCACCUUGCCAACCACCGUGGGGAUCUUUUGGUUCGACUUCCGCAGCAUCUACUUUGGAGCCUGCCAGAUCCAGAUGUUCUGCAUCCAUUCAUUUUCAUUCAUGGAGUCAUCAGUGCUGCUCAUCAUGUCCUUUGAUCGCUUUGUGGCCAUCUGCCACCCCCUAAGGUACUUGACCAUUAUCACUGGCCAGCGAAUGGUGCGGGCAGGCCUGAUUGUUAUCCUCCGAGGACCUGUGGCCCUUAUCCCCCUUGUCCUCCUGCUGAAGACUUUUCCUUACUGCAGACCUCCAGUCCUCUCUCACUCAUUUUGUCUGCACCAGGAAGUGAUACACCUGGCCUGCACAGACACCACCUUUAACAACAUGUACGGGCUGGCAGUGGUAGUAUUCACCAUGAUGCUGGACUUGGUGCUCAUUGGACUGUCAUAUGGCUUCAUCCUGCACACAGUGGCGGGCCUGGCCUCCCGAGAGGAGCAACUCCGAGCCUUCCAAACAUGUACUUCUCAUCUCUGUGCUGUGCUGAUAUUCUUUGUGCCCAUGGUAGGGCUGUCUCUGGUGCACCGUUUUGGGAAGCAUGUUCCACGUGCUGUGCACCUUCUUAUGGCGAAUGUCUACCUUUUUGUGCCGCCCAUGCUUAACCCAAUCAUAUACAGUAUUAAGACCAAGGAAAUACGCCGUGCUAUCAUCAAGCUCCUAGUCCUUAGAAAAGCCAAAGCAGAGUCCUGGGGCUAAACUGCCACUGAGAGCCCAUAAGAAGGCUCCC